GACACGCGGCCUUGCGAGCCUUCUCUGCCUUCCAGCUCGCGGCCUCCAGUCUUCAGCUCGGCCAUGGCUCCCAAAGGCAGCUCCAAGCAGCAGUCCGAGGAGGACCUGCUUCUUCAGGAUUUCAGCCGCAACCUGUCGGCCAAAUCGUCGGCGCUGUUCUUCGGGAACGCGUUCAUCGUGUCUGCCAUUCCCAUCUGGUUGUACUGGAGAAUAUGGCAUAUGGAUCUCAUCCAGUCUGCUGUGCUCUACAGUGUGAUGACGUUAGUAAGCACUUACUUGGUAGCCUUCGCGUACAAGAAUGUAAAAUUUGUUCUGAAGCACAAAGUAGCACAGAAGAGGGAGGAUGCUGUUUCCAAAGAAGUGACUCGGAAACUUUCUGAAGCUGAUAAUCGGAAGAUGUCCCGGAAGGAGAAAGAUGAAAGAAUCCUGUGGAAGAAGAAUGAAGUUGCUGAUUAUGAAGCCACAACAUUCUCCAUCUUCUAUAACAACACUCUGUUCCUGGUUCUGGUUAUUGUUGCUUCCUUCUUUAUACUGAAGAACUUCAACCCCACAGUGAACUACAUUUUAUCCAUAAGUGCUUCAUCUGGACUCAUCGCCCUCUUGUCUACUGGCUCCAAAUAGACUGCGUAGCUUGGCCCUCUGCCUUUGUAUCUAGGGGUGGCCUGUGGUAUAUGGGAAAGCAUCAGGGUGGCCAGGUUGGGAGACACAUAAGAUGUUUUUAUAGUCUGGAGCUUGAGGGUUUAAAAAUGCAGUAGAAUGUAAUUCAGUGUUUGUUUAUUGGCUCUUUUUGACAGAUUGCUGAAAUUAAAUGAAUUGAAAGGGAAACUCAGAGUACCAGGGCAUUUUAUUAAAAGGCAAGGAGUCUUGCAAUGUGCUGUAAUCACGAGGAGAAAAUAACUUGUUUCCUACAUCUGUCAGAGGUCAUGGUAACCUGGACUGAGCUGUUAUUAUUUAUAAUAGGAGGAAGAAGUUAAUAACUGGUUCUCUGUGUUCCAAGCACAAUAUUACAACUUUUCGAACUGUAAAUCCUCUUCCUAAGGGAUUAAACAGAAGCCUCAUUUUUCUUUUAACAAAGCUUCAAAUUUGUAAUUUA